AAUGUGAUCAAAAAGUUGAGGAAAGUGGGGCUUUAGGCUAUAAACAACAAACAAACCAAGUUACCUUACAUUCCACGUUUCUUCCUCCCCCAAACUCCAGUAUUUAUGCCCUUCUUUUCCUUCUCUUUCUCCUUUCUCAUCACAAUUCUUUUUCACAACCACCACCUUCACUUUCUCUCAUCUUCAUCUUCUCUUUUAUAUAUCAAUUCUUCUCUGUUUCAUCACUAAAACCUUUGAUUUGAGGUUUUGAACAAGGUUUUAGAGGUUGACCCUUUUGGUUACCUUGAUCAAGAUGGAAAACGUUUCAGUCUUAUCAAAUAAGGAAGAUGAGAAGAUGGAUUUGCCUCCUGGAUUUCGAUUUCACCCAACUGAUGAAGAGCUUAUAAGUCAUUACCUCUACAAAAAGGUUAUUGAUUCAAAUUUCUCUGCAAGAGCCAUUGGUGAUGUAGACCUCAACAAGUCUGAACCUUGGGAUUUACCAUUUAAAGCAAAAAUGGGAGAAAAAGAAUGGUACUUUUUCUGUGUGAGAGACAGAAAAUAUCCAACUGGGUUGAGGACAAACAGAGCAACAGAAGCAGGUUAUUGGAAAGCAACUGGGAAAGAUAAAGAAAUUUUCAAAGGGAAAUCGUUGGUUGGUAUGAAGAAAACUCUUGUUUUCUACAAAGGAAGAGCACCUAAAGGAGAAAAAAGUAAUUGGGUCAUGCAUGAAUAUCGACUUGAGGGUAAAUUCUCUGUUCACAAUCUUCCAAAAGCUGCAAAGAAUGAAUGGGUGAUUUGUAGGGUUUUUCAGAAGAGUUCAGCUGGGAAAAAAACACAUAUUUCUGGUAUAAUGAGGUUGGAUUCACUUGGUAAUGAAUUUGGUUGUUCUGUUUUACCACCACUUACUGAUUCGUCGAAUUCAAUUGGGAAAAUCAAACAAUUGAAUGAUUCAGCUUACGUGUCCUGCUUCUCCAACUCAAUUGAUGUUCAAAGAAACCAAGGAGGGAUCUUUGAUUCAUUCAACAACUCAAUUUAUGGUAUUUCUUCACAUAAUCAACUAGAUUUUUUCCCAAGAAUCUCAUCUUCUAAUGGUUCAUUAUACUCUAAUAAUCAAGCUGCGGUUAAUUUGCAAUAUCCAAGUUCUGUUUGUGGUAUGCAAGAUCAAGCAAUUUUAAGAGCUUUGUAUGAAAACAAUGGUUUCAAGACUGAGAGACAGCAACAAAUUAUGAGUGUGUCACAGGAAACUGAUCUAACUACUGAUAUGAAUGCUGAAACAUGUUCUGUUGUGUCAAAUUUGGAUAUUGGUAGAAGGACUUUUGAGAAUAAUCAGAAUCGUCCACCACCUGCUUCUGUUGCAGCUGUUGAUUUUGAUGGUAAUUUGUGGAAUUACUAAAUUGAUCCAAAUUAAGGAGCUUUUGAGAUAAAUGAAGAGGGGUCCAUGAAGAAAUUAUGAAGCAUAUUAUGUUGUAUAGAUUUUAUCUAAAAAGAUGUUAUGAUAAAGCAUAUGUUAUGUAAUAUAAUCAUGGAAGUGUAACAAAUCUUGUGCAUGUCAUAAGCAUGGAUGGUUAUUAUUAUUUUUUGUCUGCUUGGAUUAAAAAAAAAAAAUGAUUAAGUAUUGCAUUGUUGAUCUUGCUUUUCUGGAUU